GCACGCUUGACCCGGAGGGGGAGUCUCGCGCCUGCGCCGUCCCGCACUGAGUGAGAGAGGACAGGCAGACGGACGGAUGCCGGGAGGGCCGGAGCCGCGGGUCCGCCCGAAGCGGGGUGCAGGAGGAGACGGGGUGGCAAAGGAAGAAGAGGCACCGGUGGGAGGCUCCUCCCGCAGACGGAAAGCAGAAUGCCCGCGGAGGAGGCGGAGCCGCCGGGAACUGCCUGGGGAGGAGGAGGAGCUAAUGCAUGGGGGCAAAGACAGCUUCAUGGAGGGAGAUAUGGUGGCGGAUAAAGCCAUUUUAGCACCAAAGCGGGAAGUGGAGGAAGAUGAAGUAGUGAUACAAGAUAUAGAACCUACAAUAUUGAUCCAGGAUCAUCCACUGGAAGUAGUAGAAAGCCAUGCUAUAGUGAGGGAAGGAGUCCUACGCAGCUCGCGAACUAGUCAGACCCAAACCCUGCAACUCAUUUGCAAAUCUGAACCUGAUCAACAUCAGCUUGUGUAUGAGAUAAAUGAAGGUCCCUCCUCUUAUACAGCUGGAAUUAGUGAGGAGGAGGAGGAGGAGGAAGAGGAGGAGGAAGAAGAUAUAUUGAUAAGCGAGGAAGAUAUUACAUAUAAAGAUGACCCCAGAGAUGAAACCUACAGACCCCAACUAGAAAGUGAGGAUGAGGAAGAAGAGUUGAUAAGUGAGGAAGAGAUUCCAUAUAAGGACGACCUCAGUGAUAAAACCUACAGACCCACAUUGGACAGAGAUACUGCUCGAUCAAGAAGACGCCUUGCUCGUUCGAGAGAUGAGCCAGCACCUGUGGAAGUAAAGAUGGAGGUUAAAGAAGAAGGUCAAGUUGUCCAAGAAGAAGAAGUGCCUAGGAAGAGAGGGCGUAGGCGCAAGGAUGACAAAAGCCCAAGACUUCCAAAGAGGCGAAUCCAGGCUCGAAUCGCGGUCAGACCACCUGAAAAGAAGAAGCCCCCCAUACAAUAUGUGCGAUGUGAGAUGGAGGGAUGUGGCACAGUCCUGGCCCACCCAAGAUACCUACAGCAUCAUAUUAAGUAUCAACAUCUUUUAAAGAAGAAGUACGUGUGUCCACAUCCCUCUUGUGGAAGGCUGUUUCGCUUGCAGAAGCAACUGCUCCGUCAUGCAAAGCACCACACAGACCAGCGGGAUUAUAUUUGUGAAUACUGCGCUAGAGCAUUUAAAAGCUCCCACAACUUAGCAGUCCAUCGCAUGAUCCAUACCGGAGAGAAACCCUUACAAUGUGAGUUCUGUGGUUUCACCUGCAGACAGAAAGCUUCCCUGAAUUGGCACAUGAAGAAACAUGACGCUGACUCUUUCUACCAAUUCUCCUGCAGUAUCUGUGGGAAGAAAUUUGAGAAGAAGGACAGUGUUGUGGCCCACAAGGCAAAGAGCCACCCUGAGGUUCUUAUUGCAGAGGCCCUAGCUGCCAAUGCUGGAGCCCUCAUUACCUCCCCUGAACUGCUGGUGCCCGAAACCACGGAGCCGGUGGUUCAAGAGGAGCCUGAGCCUCCACAGCCAUUCUAUCCCAGCACUGGUCCCAAGAUUUUAGUGGCGGUAGAAGGAAUGGGUGCUACCACAGAGGUUCUUAUUGAGGAUUCGGACUCUGCAGGACCUUAGAGGGUUUAUCAAUCCCCUCUGCACAGCACCAGAACUGUUUCCUUUUCUCUUUCCCAGCUGGCUGGCUGUCUCAUCUUCCCUGGUCCCUUCUUCCCGACCUACCCCACACUGCAGGAAUUUCCGCUUUCUUUGUCCUUUAUGUAUGAUCUGCACAAACUUAUUUGGACUCUGUUUUCUGCCUUGGGUUUCCUUGCAUUCUUUCAUUGUCCCUGUUCUUUCUUUAAAAUUUUAUUUCUUCUAUUCACUCAACUCUGUUUUUGCUUACAUCUUUGUUUUGUCUUUUUCAGUUUUCCUUUGUUUUAUUUGUCCUGGGCUUCUCCUGUUCUGUCCCUCUCUUGCUCCUUCUUUCUCGGGUGCUGUGUUCUGCACUCUCCACUGUAUAUAAUAUGUUUAAAGAAUAAAAUGAGCUGUUUUGUCUCA